CUAGAUUCAGCAGAGAUUGAGCCAUCACGAAAUAAUAAAUCCAAGCUGGCCAGCCGCCCCGGGUGGGUGGGUAUAUUAUUAGCCUUCCCUACUCGAGCCAGGGCCGAGUUUCCCCAUUGUUGCAAAUCAUUAAAAAGAUGGCAGAGCGUGUCCCCACUGCGAGUUAGAAUUAGACAGUCAGGUCGGUUGGUUUCCUCCAAGGCUGUUGCCCCGUUGACUCCCUCUCUGAUGAGCAGGUAGGAGAAGCUGCCCUCUGUCCUCCUCGUCACUGCAGGUGGUCUUUUCCUCUCGUGCUCGGUGUAGGCGAGUGAGACAGCACCUGCGGCACCAGCUCUCGACCUAGCCCGCAACCCUGGUCAUACAAUACGGUAGUCGGGUAGGGUAUCGUCUUGCACAAUAGACCAGAUCGGGUCACCCGCCCCAGUCAGGGCCCUGGAUCCUCACAACGGCUUCUUCUUCCCGCGACGCUUUCCCCAGAAGGUCACCAAGAACGGGACGGAGCACUUGAGUUAGACCAGGCCACGAGUGGGCGAGCGAGUGAGUACAUUUUGGUCAGGUGGUGUGCUCAGCUUCCACCCUACCCCCCUCUCUCCGCCCAGCGAUACGCAUACAUUCUGCUCCCAUACCUGGGUACCCGGAUCCCGUGGGCAAUGCCCAUCGUCAUUGGGCGCGAGACCGUCCCGAGGCUCUUAGGUAAGUAAGGUUGGGAGCCCAGAUUCCCGCCGCCCCCCAGCCCAGCUGCCCAGGUAGCAGCCAACCUUUCUCCAACUGCGCAUAUCCUGUCAGGCCUGUCCCUCCCCCGAUCUUUUUCCCUCUCAUUUUUUCCUGCCCGCCCCCAAAGCUUUGGGAGUGAGAGAGAGUUGACCCGGGGCUCAGUAACCCAACUGCUAGCCUGCAAGGCCGAACCGAUCCCGCUAUCACUUUAACAUGCCCACACCCCGAACCUAACCUAAAGCCUGCCUCCAGCACCCAACCACACUACCCUUGAUACCAAGCGAAUCCAUCAUCCGUUAGUGGAUAGCUGACAGCCGCCUACCCACUCAACCACUCACUGACUUGACACUGCCCUUGCGACAUUACGAGUGGCGCCCCUCAAGGAAUCAAACCCCCCCAAUCCUACUUCUCAAAAGAACGGUUUUCAUGCCUUCUUCAGCCCAUCACCUUGUCGGGAUCCCGUUUUUGAUUCAAAGUUGAAAAACAAAAAACUUAUUUCCUGUGAUGGCAGACCAGUGCAUCGUCUGUCUGGAAAACCUGGACAGUGCAGUCCCUCUUCCGCAAUUGCAGCGCCAGCUUGGGGUGGAGGACGAUCAUGGUGGCGGCGGCCCUGCUGCUGUGCCGGGUGGUGGUGGUGGUGCAGCACCAGCACCACCAGCGGCCAAGAGCAGCACCACCACCGCUGACGUCUCCCUGCCAGACCUGCCCGCUGCUGUAGCCGGAGCCACCCUCACCUUGUCUGCGAACGGCAAGGACAAGACACCAGAAACAGCAGAUCUGAACACCAAAACAGGUGAGGCCGAUGGUCAAGAUGACAAUAUUGCCAUCAUCCAGGUCUGCGGCCACAUCCUGCACGACUCAUGCCUCAAGGCCUGGACGGUCAAGGCGAACAGCUGCCCCAUUUGCCGCCAGACCUUCCACAACGUCCAGGUGUACGACCAGAUUGGAGGAACCCUACUAAGCUCCUACGAAGUCGAAGAUAAGAAACAAGUUGCCGAGUUCGACCCCCUCGCCUGGCUCGACGAGAACGCAGAGGAAGAGGAGGAACAAGUCACGCCCUGCCCGGUGUGCAACACUGCGGAAAAUGAAGAGGUCCUGCUGCUCUGUGACGGGUGUGACACACCAUACCACACCCACUGCAUCGGCCUGGAAGAUGUCCCGGACGGCUCCUGGUUCUGCAUGGAAUGUGCCCACCAGCUCGGCCAGGCCAUAGAAGAUUCUCUCCCGGCCCUGAACCGGCCUCCUGGCCGCAGGAACCGCCGUGGCUUCUUCCCCCGCACCCGCGGCAGCAUGCGAAACGAGAGGAACAGAGGUCGGACCGACGGCUGGCUCGGUGCAUGGGGGGAGGUGUCGGGGCACAUCCUCGGCGGCUCCGGUAUCGACGUCGACUUCCACGAGGCAGACGACGAUCUUGCCGAGUACCGGAGGUCGCAGCAGCUGCGGGAUAGGGAGAGGCGUGAGUGGCAGCGCUGGCAGCAGCGACUCAGCAUCGCGAGCCGCCUCGGGGCGCGAGACGUCUUCGCUCGCAACAUCCAGGGCGUGGUCGAGCAGCAGGUCGCACCGCAGCCCCCGCCAGUCCCCCCGCGCGAGGAGACCCGGGAGGAACGCCUUGCCUGGAGCGCCAUGGAGAGGGCCCGAGAUGCCACCCCAAACAGCCGGAAAAGAAAGUCUCGAUCCACCACCGCCUCUCCCCAGGAGCCCGCCCCAGAACCUGAGCGACGGCUCAAGCGCCCACGAACCAGGCGGAACCCCCUGCAGACCGAGGCUGGGCCGUCGAGGGCCGCCUCGGCGUCUUCCAAUGCCACUAGCAACAAUCACCGGGAGGCAAACGGCGGCCACACAGAAGCCCGCUCCCCACCCGCAACAGAUGGGCAGCCGACGUUCCUCUCCUCACUGCUGAGGGAGGUUGAGAUGACCACCCCCAACGAUGAUGACACCAUCCGCGGUCUCUUCGGGGUUCCUCCCCCGCAAUCAGUCGACCCAUCCUCGCCAGUCAGCUCACCAUCAGCAUCGGCCCGCAACAGCCCGCGGGCACUGUCCCUGACCCCUCCACCGCAGCCUCCCAAUGGAGCUUUCAGGUCGGCCUCGCGGUCACCGGUCUUAUCCCUGAGCUCGCACAUCGAGCCGCUGUACCCGCCAGCAAACUACUCACCAACAAGAUCGAACGGCGAGAGCAGCGACUCGGAAAGCCGACCAAACACCAAUGGCCAUCGGAAUGGAUCGCCAGAGCUGAGACAGCCUCGCCCACGGCGGCAGCACGAGAUCCGGCUGCCGCGUGCCGAGGACGCAUCGCCGACACGGCUGCCGCUGCCGCUCGAGGUCAAAGAAAGCAUCAGCAAGGUUGUGCGCAACGCACUCAAGCCGCACUGGAGUGCCGACCGCUCCAAGCGAACCAUCUCGUCCGACCAGUACGCGACUAUCAAUCGCAAGGUGUCCCACAGGAUUUACGAAGAGGUGUCGGACCCAUCGGCGGUUGAUGACGAGGCCAAGCAGGCAUGGGAGAAGAUAGCGAACAAGGAGGUGGCCCGCGCGGUCGCGGAACUCAAGACCUGACUGACGAUUACGACUCUUUGAGUUGGGGGGAGGGGGACAGCAUGACGGUGCCUCGGCGAGGGCAGUAUGGAUGGUACGGCGUUUCACGGACUCGAGCGAUCUCUGGAAAGAUACCCUGGACACCUUAGCGGCAUGUGGCGUUUCCCGUUGAUCAGCCUCUGACGAUGCCGCAGCUUUGCUUGUUGGUGGCAUCCGAGGAACAUUAUUCUUUUUUGGGAGGAUUUCAUUUUCUUAGCCCGGGCGACACUCCGCAAAGCCUGCGAGGACGCGAGUGUAGAUGCACCAUCGUGUCGCGUCUCGAGGGUUCGCAUUGUAAAUGGCGCAUCGGACUGGUAGAUACGGUAGUUUCUUGCAUGGAGAUGGACACUGUUCCCAGAAUUGAUUCGACCGUUUGAUGGAUGCAUCUUGAUGAAAUCGCGGCGCGCAUGUGCCUCGUUGGACGCAGUGUCUCGUUUUCACGUCCAGGCACAGCCUCACCUUUUCGAUAUCAGGGCAGUCCAUUUCAAGCCUGCGCUCUUUCUGAUUUAGCAUUCCGUCAGCAGUGGUAGCAAAAGAGCCCAUCUCGAAUCGAAAAUUGCGAUUUUGAGAUGUGCGCUGGAAUCGAGGUCGAAGGCUUCUUCGUUUCACAUGGUGCGCGGUGCGCGGGACUUCACGAUCGGGGCGGUGCGUCCCCGAGGUAAGCAGUUUGGGGGCGGGCUCAGGAGUUUGUCUGCAAGCGCUCGCGCCCCCUGUCGGCAGGGCGACGUUUUUUGGAAUGUGACAACCAUCUAUCUAACGGUCCCCAGUGAGGAUUUGACGAAAGGUGCCGCUAGCGAAAAAAGGGUUGUAUCUGGGGUUCACUCUCGGCACGGUAUAAAUGACAAGACGUCCUGGAGGUGGGAACAGGCCUUGGGAUAAGGAUUCGUGCCUUGGGAGAGGAAAAGAAGGAGGGAAG